AUGGGGAACGUGGGCAGCCACAGCGAGGGCGAGGAGGAGGAGGGAGAGGAGGAAGAGGAGCGCGCCGCAGCCGCUCCCUCCUCCCGCUCCAACGCCGCUUCCCCCUGCGAGGCCGCCAUGGACCCCGCGGCCUCCUGCUCCUCAGCCGCCGCCGCCGCCUCGGGCCCCGCCGCCCAGCCUCCCGCCUCGCCGCCCUCGCCCUUCCCGCCGGCCGCCGUCCUGCUGGGCCAGGCGCGCCUGCGGGAGGAGGCGGCCGCCCGGCUGCGCGAGGCGCCGUCGGCCGAGCCGCUGCUCUCCCGCCACCACGGCGCCUUGGUGCGCUGGCUGGAGGAGCGCCUGGGCCGCGGCGAGCCGCUCGUCAGCCUCGAGCAGGUCUGCGAAGCCCUCGAGAACCGCGCCGGGACCACCCAGGGCGCCGCCCCCCCUGCCGCCGCCGCCGCCGCCGGGAUCGCAGGGGCGGGGGCGGCCGUCGAGGAGCGCGCGCGCAACGAAGAGGCCUUGGCUCAGUUUGAUACCGAGGGAGAUGGCACGGUGGACGUGGAGAAUAUGCUGGAGAUUCUCAAGACCUCCAGUGGAGCCAAUCUGCAAGGAGAGCUUAGUCAUGUCAUCAGGCAGCUGCAGGCUUGUUCACUUGUUCCAGGUUUCAUAGACAUAUUUUCUGAAUCGAAGGAGCGCCAUAGUCUUCAUGCUUCCAUGAUUCUGAGAUUCCUGCACCGGAACCGUAUUGCCAGCUCUGUCAUCCCAUAUCCAGUCUUGGAGUACUUCAACAAUAUUUGCACUAUGCGCUCUUCUGUACUGAAGGAUUCCUUAGACCGGCUCUUCUUAAAAGAAAAAGAAUGCCCUAAUGACUUAAAUGGAAACCAGGAGUUGGACAAGCUUAAAUCAGUUUCAAAGUGCUACACUCACAUAGAAACCUCCUCCAACUCAGCUGAUAUUGACAAAAUGACCAAUGGGGAAACUUCCUCCUUCUGGCAGUCCGAUGGGAGCGCUCGUUCACAUUGGAUACGUUUAAAGAUGAAACCAGAUGUCAUUCUGAGGCACCUCUCCAUUGCAGUGGCAGCGAACGACCAGAGUUACAUGCCGCAGCAAGUCACAGUAGCAGUUGGAAGGACUGCCAGCAAUCUCCAGGAGGUCCGCGAUGUUCACAUUCCAAGCAAUGUCACCGGCUACGUGACAUUGUUGGAAAACGCUAACAUUAGUCAGAUGUAUGUGCAGAUAAACAUCAAGCGUUGCCUUAGCGAUGGGUGCGAUACCAGAAUCCACGGGCUCAGAGCUAUCGGGUACCAGAGGGUGAGGAAAGGCGGAGUCUCGGUCUGCGACGCUUCAGCGAUCUGGUACUGGUCGCUCUUGACCUCCUUGGUGACAGCUUCCAUGGAAACCAAUCCAGCAAUUGUCCACACCAUCCUGCAAAAUACCCAGAAAGCCCUGCAGCAUAUGCCGCCGUUGUCUCUGUCACCUGGUUCCACGGAUUUCUCCAGUUUCUUGUCUCCUAAUGUUUUGGAAGAAGUCGACAGUUUUCUCCUGAGAAUUACCAGUUGUUGUGCUUCUCCAGAGGUGGAGCUCACGUUGCUGGCAUUUGCUCUCGCCAGAGGGAGCAUUGCUAAAGUGUUGAGCUCACUUUGCACGAUUUCUGACCAUCUGGAAACACCUUACAAAGCUGCUUCUCUCAUUGCUUCCAUGGCCACAGUCCGGCAAAACCUGCUCUAUAAAUACGGAACGCCCCUGCGGCUGACUUUGCAAGCCUGCGACGUCAAAGGGAAGGAAGACAAAUCCGGACCUGAAAACCUCCUUGUGGAGCCUUGGACGGGGGAUGGCUUCCUUACAGAGACUGGAAAGACUCGGGCCAGCGUGAUCCUAUCAACGGGGACGGAGUCGGCUUUCCAGGUCACGCAAAUUAGAAUAAAGGUACGGAGAGGAGCAAUUGGGGCCCGGUGUGGGUUAGUGUUUGCUUAUAACUGCUCUUCAGAAAAAUUUCACGCAGAGGAGCAUUUUAAAAGAUUUGAAACCUACGACAAAUGGAAGCUAGAGGAUUUCCGGCAGUUUUUAAAAAUCAGGAGUGGCACUUCUCGUGACGAGCUGGGAGAGGAGGACCCCGUUGGCUGGUUUGAAAUGGAAGAGGAGUGGGACGAAGUGGAAGUCAAAAUGCAGCAGUGCAGAAUUUCCAGAUAUCUGAUGGUGAAGUUCCUAUGCACCAGGCAAGACAAGGCCGAGAGGCUCGGAGUGCAAGGUCUGAGCCUCUUCGGGUACCUUCGGCCCGCGUCGGCAGAGCCCAGCAGAAGCAUGAUUUGUAUGAAGUGCGGCAAAACUAAUGGAGAUACCAUUUGUGGAACGACUCUUCUCCUGAAGACUCUGUGUUUCGUCCAGCAACUUGCACAGGAUUUGGUGCAGAAGAAAGAGAGUGGUCUAAGGUACAGAUCAUACCUGGAUUUUGGAGGCCUUGAUUUAAAGCUGUUUUGGGAUUUCUACAGCAGACUUCACGAAAACCCGCGAGAAGAGUGCAUCGAGGCCCAGACCAUGAUCCUGCGGCUUUUGCAGAGCUGCUUCUCGGUGCUCGCCGCAGACAAUAAAGCCACAAAACCUCAGGAAAACGCACAGAGCAAAAAGCCCGAUGACACAGAAGCGGCCGAGGCAUUGUACAAGCAUCUCUGUGAAGUCGUAGACAGGAGAGAUGGCGAGUCCACGCCGUUGAAGACCUUGAAGCAGGAAGUCAACAACACGUUGCUCAACGGCGCAGCCAUCUUUUUCCCGGAGAGGCAUACCCGACGGGAGCAGCUCUUUGCAAUGAUGAAAAACAUUACAGAACAGGAACACAAACCGUCCGCCCAUCUUGCUUUCAAAUCCCUCUGCACUUAUUUCAGCAAUCAGGAUCCUGGUGGGCUUUUGCUCUUACCAGAGAAAGGAACUUCUGCAGACCUAGAUGUUGGUCAAGUGCUAACAGUGAUGGAGACUCUUCUGUUGGUGGCGUCGAGAGAAUGUGAAAUGUUGAUGCUGGGCAUGGCCCAGCAAGACAGCAGUUCCGUGCUCUCAUCCUUAUUCUGGUCUGUACAAGGCAGCCUCCUUUCCUGGUGCUACUUGCAGUUCAAGGGCAGCGACUCGGCACCCAAGAACCUCGCCACGGAAAUCCUUACAAAAUAUGUGCAACUGUUCCUGUCAAGUGUCAGGAAAAUUUUAGAAUCUCUCCUGGCUCAGCAUAGCGGAAAGAUCAUAGUGGAAAAAUUGAGCAACUCUGUCUUUGCCAUGGUAACCCGCCAGCUGAUGACUGUCCUGCUGGACUUCUGCACUUUAGACAUUCCACACUGCGCCCUUCUGCAGGAUAUCAUAACCUUGACAAAGCUACUGAACGACCUGUCGAUGGAGCCCGGAGAGAAUCCAGAUAAGGUGGACAUGGAAAGCUGGCAGCAAGAGCAGCCUGUGGUGCUUCGAACGUGGGCACUGGAAUCUCCCCACAACUAUGACAACAACUGCCACGACGUCACCGUCUUCCUUUGUCCGGGGGCAACUUACUUCGAGGUGGAAUUUGAUGAACGAUGUGAAACAGAGAGGAGGUAUGACUAUCUGGAGUUCACUGAUGCGAGAGGAGCCAAAACUCGGUAUGACACAAAAGUUGGCACGGACAAGUGGCCCAAGAAAGUGACCUUUAAGGCUGGCCCACGGCUGCAGUUUCUCUUUCACUCUGACAGUAGUAACAAUGAGUGGGGCUACAAGUUCUCCGUCACUGCAUACGGCCUGCCGGACAUCGCGGUUUCCUGGGGGCUGGAUCUGCAACUCCUCGUGGCCAGGCUGAUGGGGUGCUUGGCUUCUCGGAGUAUGCUGCUGAAAUCUGUACAGGGAAAGGAAACCGAACGGUCUCCUGCAAAAGUGACAGCUGUUCUUAAUUCUUCUCUGUGGAAACCGGUCUUCAGGCAGCAGAUGUGUCCUGAACAGACUCCAGGAGCAAGUGUGCCCAGCCAAACAAACCGAGGCAGCACAGAGGGCCUCAACUCCCACGUCAGCGACUGUCAUAAAUUUCUCCUUGACUUCGCAAAAUCAGACCCUGCCCAGGAGUUCAGUGGGCCAAAUUCUGAGCUUUUCAAAGGACUCACACAGGCAUGUAAAAAACAGGCCCCCAAGAGUGAUAUAGUUGCUGGUUCCGCUGUUGAUCAAGCUGUCAACUCCACAUUUGCUGCUUUGGUGUAUCUCUCUUCAGAUUUGUUUGGGAAGCUGCAAAGAUAUGUCACCAGCGGAGGCAAAGCACUUUUAGGUGAUGAGUUUGCACAAGUAUAUUCCCUGGCUGAUGGGAUCAGAAUAUGGAUGCUAGAGAUGAAGCAAAAGUUCCUUGUGGACCAGGGAAGCGACAGGGAAGAGAAGCCAGCUGGGGAGGCGUGCGAGGUGAACCCAGAAACUCUUGCACAACAGUGCAUCCAGAAGAGCCUUUUACUUCUGAGUUUCCUACCUGCAAGGACCAAGGCAGAAAGCCAUGAAUCUAAUAGCGUGGAGGACUUUGGACAGGGCCACAAAGACAAACGCCGAAGGACAAGCUCUGUAAUCGAAGCGGAUUUUCAGGCCGCGGACGCAGCACCUGUCUGCAGAGCUACUGAUUCUGCUUCCCCCGAGGGCAGUCGAGCGAUAGAUUUACACAAGCAAGUGCCGGACUCACCACAGGCAGAAAAGGCCUCGCCGAGCAAACUGCCUGACAGUGGUGCCUCGGAGCAAGAAGAGGCCUCAUCCCCUCCCUCCACUCCCACACGCAAGCCUCCGUUUAGCCGUGGAAGGCUACGGCUUCUCUCUUUCCGUUCGAUGGAAGAACCCAAGUCCAUGCCCAGCAUCAAGGAGAAAUACCCUAUCCUAAAGCACGCCUUAGAUUUCAUUAAGGACCAGUCUCUUUGUCAUGAAAGUGUGUUGGAGGUCCUUGCUUUAAGGAAAGCUCAAGCCAAAAGUAUCUUGGAAGUCCUGAAGACAAUCCACCAGUGCCUAAAAGCUCUCAGCCAACCUCACUGUUUCCUCCCAUCCUGCAUUCUUUUUCUGUUGGAACUCCUGGCUUGCCAAAAAGACUUCACCAAUUACUUUGGACACCUGGAAGGCUGCGGUUCUGAGCUACAUCAGGAAAUACGGGAAGCCUACUACCAGCUGCUUUUCUUUUUGGUCAAUGCAGUAAAAGGAUUUAGCAGCCUCAACGACAAAGCACUGCUCCCUGCCUUGUCCUGUGUGCAAGCAUCCCUCCUUCACCUCCUGGAUAUGGGUUGGGAGCCCCGCGACCUUUCCUUCUUUGUUGAGAUACAGCUUCCACAGUUCCUCAUGACCAUGUCGCAGGAAAACAUAAGUACCCACGACAGCAUCGUUUGUCAGUGGAGCGAAGAAGACGAAAUUGCAGACUACAGACAGAACUCUGAGUGGAUGGAUGAGUGCCAAGAUGGAAUCUUUGAGGCAUGGUGUGACAAGAUAAGUCAGGCGGAUCCAGAGAAGCAGAGAAAGAUGCAUAUGUUCAUUGCCCGCUAUUGUGAUCUCUUGCGUGUUGACAUCUCGUGUGACGGGUGUGAUGAGAUCGCCCCCUGGCACCGCUACCGCUGCUUGCAGUGCAACGAUAUGGAUCUUUGUAAGACGUGCUUCUUGGGUGGAGUGAAGCCCGAAGGUCACGAGGACAACCACGAAAUGGUUAACAUGGAGUACGCCUGCAAUCAUUGCCAAGGGAUCAUUGUGGGCCAGCGCAUGAACUGUAACGUGUGCGAAGACUUUGACCUCUGCUUCGGGUGUUACUCGGCCAAGAAGUACUCUGAUAGCCACCUUCCCACCCACAGCAUCGUGGCGUAUCCAAUGGUGACCAUUCGUCUCAGUGAUCGGCACAGGCUUAUCCAGCCGUACCUCCACAACUACUCCUGGCUGCUCUUUGCUGCUUUGACCCUCUACAGUGCCGACUUGGCGAGUGGUGAGGAAGUGGAUGACGAGGCCCUUGACCCCGCGGUCAUCUCCCACGCCCGAGUCCUGCAGCAGGAGUGCAUUCGCCUAGCCGGGGAUUGCCUGAUGAAAGCCCAGCACGGGAAAGGUGUGAAAGCUCUAGCCCUGCUCUGCGUGUUCCCAGAAGGCGAAUCUUUGUCCGAAAAUGUGAUGCCAUCUAUUGAUUAUUCCACAGACAGUAACAUGCACAGCCAUGCUAGCAAAGAAGCCGGGGACAAUCCUCAAGUCGCCAAAGUUCUGCCUCCGAAACCAGCCGACGAAAAGGUGAAACUGAGCCAGGAACAGGCCUUCGCUGAAUGUUCCCAGAAGAGGAUUCUUGGCUUGCUGGCGGCCAUGUUGGCUCCCUUGAAAUCCGGGUCUGCAGCAUCCCUGAUUAACCUGGACCAGAUCCUUCCCCUCAUGUUUCAAGUGGUGAUCUCCAACGCCGGCCAUUUGAAUGAAACCUACCACCUGACCUUGGGGCUCCUGGGCCAGUUGGUUCGAAGGCUGACUCCUGCUGAAGUGGACGCUGCCGUCACCAAGGUCCUCUCGGCCAAGCAUAGCCUCGUGGCGGCCGGAGAUGGCUCUACAGUGCCAGAAGGCUGGAAGACAACCCAUCUCCUUUUCAGCUUGGGAGCCGUCUGCUUAGACAGCCGCAUAGGCCUAGACUGGGCGUGCACCAUGGCAGACAUCCUUCGCGCUCUGAACUCUUCCGCCCAGUGGCAUGGGGUGAUCGCCACUUUCACAGACCACUGCAUCAAGCAGCUGCCCUUCCAAUUGAAGCACACCAACAUCUUCGCCUUACUGGUUCUUGUUGGGUUUCCAGAGGUCCUGUGUAUGGGCACUCGCUCGGUGUACACAGAUAAUGCAAAUGAAGCCCACAACGUCGUCAUCCUUAAGCACUUCACAGAGAAGAACAGGGCAGUGGUUGUGGAUGUCAAAACCCGAAAGAGGAAAUCAGUGAAAGACUACCAGCUGGUUCAAAAGUGUGGCCAAGACGACAGUGAAUCGCAGAGCCAGCUGCGCCAGUACCUCCAGCAUUUUGUUUUCAUAACCAGCCAUCUUCUCCAGACAAGUAUCGACAGCAGCUUUGCUGAGGCAGUGGAAGCGUCCUGGGUCUUGUCUCUUGCUCUGAAAGGACUUUACAGGACGCUUAAGACACAUGCCUUUGAAGAGAUCCGCACCGCCUUCCUUCAGACUGGCUUACUGAAGCUGCUGGUGAAGAAGUGCAGCAAAGGAACAGGUUUCAGCAAGACGUGGCUUCUCCGAGACUUGGAGAUCUUAUCAAUCAUGCUUUACUCAUCCAAAAAGGAAAUAAGCUCCCUUGCUGAGCGGAAGGUCCCAAGACUGGAGGAGAGGGACGAGGAUCAAGCAGUGGAUCAGUCUGUCGUCACGCCCACUGAUGCUGACCAGAACCGGCCGGACCCUCUGGAGGGCUUGGAUGAAGCCACCAAAAUCUGUUUCUUGAUGACUCAUGAUGCUCUCGAUGCACCUCUGCAUAUCCUUCGGGCCAUGUACGAAUUGCAGAUGAAGAGGACAGAUUCUUUCUUUCUUGAAGUUCAGAAGAGGUUUGAUGGGGACGUAGUCACAACUGAUGAGAGGAUCCGAACCCUGGCUCAGAAAUGGCAGCCCAGCAAGCGCCUGCGCUCGGAGGAACAGAGCUCCAAAGCAGUGGAUACCGACAUGAUCAUCUUACCCUGCCUGUCGAAGCCUGCCCCCAGCGACAAAGCCACCGAAGAAUCCAACCCCAUCACCCAGAAGCUUAUCACCAACACGGAGAGCGACCUGCAGCUCAGCUACGCCAAGCAGCGCCGCACCAAAAGCUCCGUCCUGCUGCAGAAGGAGCUGGACUCCAGGAGCAAGAAAGCCGUGCGGGGCUACCUCCGCCGGGUCAACGAGGCGACCGCCGUCCUCUACGCCCGGCACGUCCUCGCCUUGCUCUUAGCUGAGUGGCCCGACGAUGUGGCAAUCAGUGAGGAGAUGCUGGAGCUCAGCGGCCCCGCCCACAUGACCUACAUCCUGGACAUGCUGAUGCAGCUGGAGGAGAAGCAGCUGUGGGAAAAGAUUCUCCUGAAAGUGCUGCGUGGCUGCAACGAAAGCAUGCUUGCAACGAUGGCGCUCACGGCCUGUCAGUUUAUGGAGGAGCCUGGGAUGGCUGUCCAAGUGCGCGAAUCCAAGCAUCCCUACAACAAUAAUACAAAUUUUGAGGAUAAGGUCCACAUCCCUGGUGCUAUCUACCUCUCCAUCAAGUUUGAUCCCCAGUGUAACACCGAAGAAGGAUGCGACGAGCUGCUCAUAUCCAGCAGCAGUGACUUGCAGCAUGACCGGCACAGCUUCAGUGGGCCCCCACACAAGUGGACCGACUUUGAGCUCCCAGGAGAUACGCUGUACUAUCGAUUUACAUCCGACAUGAGCAACACUGAGUGGGGCUACAAGUUUACAGUGACGGCUGGUCAUCUGGGGAGGUUCCAGACAGGGUUUGAGAUUCUGAGGCAGAUGCUCUCGGAGGAAAGGGUGGUCCCUCAUAUUCCACUAGCCAAAGUUUGGGAGUGGCAGGUGGGCGUGGCCUGCCGGCAAACGGGCCACCAGAGAUUGAAAGCCAUCCAUCUGCUCCUUAAGAUAGUGCAGUGCUGCAGCCAAAGGGACUGUGACCUCACGUUACUGAAGCCACUGUGGCAGCUUUUCACCCACAUGGAGAACAACCUGCGCAUAGAUGUGACCAAGCUGGGAAUCCUCCUCCCGCUUCACCGGGCACUGACCGAACUUUUCUUUGUUACUGAGAACAGAGUCAAUGAACUUGGAUCUCUGCAGGAAUACUUGCUUGCCUUAAAUACGGAAGACCAUCUUCACCGCUGUACAGCACAGGCCCUGAAAAACAUUGCUGCUAUUAGCCUUGCCAUUAACUAUCCCAACAAAUCGACAAGUCUCUGGAAUGUUUAACGAGUGGCCUUGCGGUUUUGGGAUAGGAUAGUUCCUG